UACGAGACGUCGGGUUCAGGUCGUCCUGGCCAUCUUUGGAACAGUAUUGCUUAAAGGCCAUAAAAUAAUUAAGAAGAAGAAGAGGCAUAUUCUUCGGUCUAGCAGCGUCAGCAAGUGAAUUUACGCACGAUACGUUUUGGAAGCUCCAGAUACCGCAUUAAGGACAGGAUGAUGAAGAAAGGAACGAAGAGGAAGCAGGCAGAAGCAGCUGCUGAUGCUGCUGCAUCAACCUCACAAGAUGAUUCUAGCGAACAACAGGCCUUGCAACAGAGGCAAGAAGAGAAGGAACAAAAACAGGAGAAAAAGGAAACUUCAGGGCAAGCACUGCCUGGUUCAUCACAGCAGGAGUUUAAAGGUCCACAACAGCAACAGAAAGUAGCUAAAGGUCCACAAGCACCAAUAUUACGGAGCGAACAGGAAGUUGCACGGGGUCUACAAAAGCAGCAAAGCCCACCACAACAACAGCAGCAGCCACAACUACAAGGAGCAUGGGCUUCCCACCAGAAAGCACCUCAGACGUCAUAUCAAAUACCUCAAGUACAGCAACAAACAGUAGCACAGGUUCCAUGGCAACAGCCACAGCAAGCACAACAACCACAAACAGCAUGGGGUCCGCGACAACAAGUACCUCAGAGCCAACCACCGCAACAGCGACAACAAACAGUAUGGGGCCCAUGGCGACAGCCACAGCAAGCACAACAACCACAAACAGCAUGGGGUUCGCGACGACAAGUACCUCAAGAAAAAUUACCGCAACAGCCACAGCAAGUACCACAAACAGCAUGGAAUCUACGACACCAAGUAUCUCAAAGCCAACCAUCACAGCAGCAACAAGAAGCACAACGUCAGCAAAAAGAAAAAGCUUCAACUGAUAUUGGUAGUGCCGGUGAUAAUCGACAAGUACCGACAGGUGGUAGUGGUAUACACCAACAGCAACCAUCAACAAGUAGAUCUCUUGAU